AUGCGUCACGCCACGAGCUUCUUCCAGAUCUUCGACGAAGCGAAGCAGCUGGCUCUGGCACGCGCGCUCGCGGGACUGCUGGACCCUCGUCCGGGCUCCGUCAUCUUCGGGUGGCACUUGAGAACGCCUGAGAAAGGAGCGUUCAAGUGGCCUGCCACUCCUGGCUCUGGGUCAGACGGGUGGACGAUGUCCUGCCAUUUCGCCGAGUCCUGGCGCGCGAGGUGGGAGCGCGAGGUGUUCAUGGGCAUCCCCGUGAAGGUCGAGGCGAGGGAGGAGGUGCUACCGACGCCGCCCGAUAUCAAGUUGGAAGGUGCGAUAAGACUCGUGUGGUCGGUGACGAGGAUGUGA